UAUUGCUUUCAGUUUUUGAAUUGCAGACGGAAAUCUGAUGAUAGUAUGAAAACAGAAAACUUUAAACACGAUGAAUGAAAUUAGAUACCUUUUAUAUGAAUUUUCAAUAUCACAUCAUAUUUAGAGUAAUGACUUCACAUUGAGAUUAAUUUAUAGCAUGUAGAUUUGAAGUAUGGAGGGAAACGAAGGGGUGUCAAUAUUAAAACAUAUUGUACAAGACAAACACUUUAUAGCAGUAUUUGCUUUUGUGAUUUUUCUGUCUAGUUCUCUUGUUAUUAUAGCUGAUGCCGUAAGUGGAUUGACUGUUUUUUCCAGUUUUGCUGUGGGAUGCAUGGGCACCCACUUUUUAAUGAGGAAAAGAGAUCGAGUACCAAAUUUCAUUUCAACUUUCAAGAGACAAAGAAAAGAAACUUUAAGUUCUAAGCUGCGAACAGUGUGUUCUCGUUGUGGCAUUAUUGAUUGCAAGCGUCACUGUCCAGAACUUAAUGUUUAUACUGCAAAACCUUGGAUGAAUUUGAAAGUUCCAAAGGAAGUGGAUCAAGCUCUGGAAGAAAUUUUAGAACUUGUGAUUGAAAAGCACAUUUACUCUUGGUACAGUGCACUCAGCAAAGAUGAAGAUUUUGUUCAGGAAAUAAGAGUAUCUUUAAGAUUCCUGUUUUCUAGUCUUUUAAGGAGAGCUUUGCAGGUUGAUAUUGUGAAACUUAUAACAGAGAAGGCUGCCAAUGCUCUUUGCAAGCAUUUGGAUUGCUAUCUUCAAGCGAAGAAAUAUCAUAAGCCGAAUUUCCGCAUGGAAGAGACUGUACUUUGCUUCCUUGGAGAUAAGUUGCAUCCUGCCCUACAUAAUCGUCAAUCGGAACUCAAUUAUUUGAGAGAACUCACUUCCAAUCUUCUACCUUUCAUUGUUCAACAAAAAUAUUUAAAUUGCCGGACAGCAACUUCCUUAGUGCGUGAAAUUUUUUGUGGUAUUGUCUUUUUACCUGUCAUGGAUAUUAUUGCUGAUCCAGAUGUUAUAAAUCAUUUAUUGAUCUUGUUUUUUGACAAAACUCCAAUGUCAGAUCUCCCUGACAGUGAUUUACCAAAAGUGGAGUUUCUAUCUGAUUUUGUCUCCUCUCAUUUUUCCAAUAAACGUCCUGUUCUGUAUACUGAUUUUCAAACUAUUCUAGAAGAUCAAAGGUUAUUAUAUGUGUUCAUGCAAUUUUUAAAAGAAGAAUCUUCCCUAAAUGUUCUUCAAUUCCAUUUAAGUGUUGAUGAAUUCAAUACAAGAAUUUUAAAUCCGGAUUUAACAAAAGAAGAACUGGAAGCACUACAUUUGCAAGCUCAACAAAUGUACAACACUUAUUUUGCUCCACAUGCUUUAGAUAGAAUAAAUUUUGAUGAUGAAAUUGUUCAAGAAAUAAAAAAUAUUAUAUCAGGUCCUGCAGAAAAUGUAAUAAAGCUUCGAACAACAACACCUUUAUUUAGAGCCUAUGAACAUGCUUACAGGUUACUGGAAAAUGUUUAUUGUCCAAUGUUCUUGCAAAGUGAAAAAUAUUUCAGUUUGCUUUGUGGAGAAAGAUCCAGUAGUUCUGGUGCAAAAGGAUCUGGAAAGAGCAACAGAAAAGGAAAUUCUAAUCCAUCUGCUAUGUCCAAGUUAGGAACUAAAAUAAAAGGUGUUUUUAUCACACAUGUUGAUGAUGGUCAGAUUUGUGAAGAAGAAUCUGGUAUUGAUUUAGCUGAAGCAUUAUUUACAGAUGUCCCUACCUCUGCUGAAGAUGAAGUGGAUGCUUACACAAUGGAGGAUGACCCUCGUCUCAAGAAAUUGACUGCAUGGCGAGUAUUCAUUCCACAGGUCAUGAUGCGAAUGGACCAGAAUUGCAAAUACUACCAUACUUUUCGCAUUGAAGUGCAAAGGAUUGAUGUCCGAGAUCAGGAUGAUCCUGCUGAUUUGCACUGGUCAGUUGAAAGGCGUUAUAAUGAGUUUUAUGUUUUGGAGGCUAAGUUAACUGAAUUUCAUGGAGAACUUUCUGUACAGUUACCACCAAAACGCUCCCAGCAACACAAGGGUCUAACUUAUUUGGAAAGCAAGAGGCCAGAAUUUGAGCGUUAUCUUCAAACACUUUUAACGUUGCCUGCAUUACAAGGAAGUGAACUACUCUUUCAAUUCUUGAAAUCUCCAACACCAUUUACAACAAGUUUUUUGCCUGACAUUAAGCUUGGUAAGAUGAUUAAAACAGUUCCCAUGAAAUUAAUGAAAGAGAAAGGACAACAUUUAAUUCCUUUCUUGCAAGCUUUCAUAGCUUCUACAGAAGCUGCUAAACCAAAGCCAAGUAAAGAUAUCUUGAAAGAUAUAUAUGAAAAUGCAACUUCCAGUUUAGAGGAAAAGCUGGUGUCUGGCUUAUUUCGAGAUAAUUUUGCUAGUUUAACUGGCAAGAAAGAAAAAUAUAUUGGAGGAUCUGUUAUCUCUGUUAUUGAUUUGAAAGAAAUUUAUGAUUAUAUUGUAUUUAUAGCUGUUGAAGUUGUGCAUGUUCCUGAUUUUGUGAUUAAGCUACUGUCUACCUGUGAUAUUUUACUGAGACAAACACUGCAAGCUGGUGUGGAGUGGUAUCUUGAUGUCAAAUUACAGCAAGCUUUCAAACCUCAAAGAUUAGCUGAAUUACUUAAUUUGUUAAGGGAUGCUCUCUUUUUUGAAGAUGAUCCACCGAGAACUCGGAGGCAGAAAGCUGAAAGAGCGAGGCAGGCAUUGAGGCAAACCAAAGAUUUUUUUCCUAACUUUAUGAUGACCAAAAAGUUUGAUGAAAGUUUAAAUUUGAUGUUUGAUAUUUUGCAAUGCCCUCUACUUAAUAAACAGAUUUCAUAUGUGCUGUUAGAUAUUUUGGCAGUGGAGCUGUUUCCAGAACUUCUUGAAAUGCACAGAACAGAUUCGACAUCGCUCACAGAUUGAAUGCUGUGCUGUAUUCCUAAGCUUCUAUUCAGAUAUAGGAUCAGACUACAUUCCAAUGACUUGCUUUACUAGUCUUUUUGAGUGUUACACAAGUAAACAUUUUAAAGUUUGGAUGUUAUAUUUAUUGCAGUGUUGAUUGUCAUUAAAUUAUUCUAUCACUUUC